GGAGGUGGGUCGUCUGAACGGGCCAAACCCGCCAGCAGGGUUGCGCAGCGCCUGCCGGAGUAUGCACGCGCCUGCCACCCACUCCGCUCCCCAGGGCGUCGCGCGCAGCCCGUGCACGCGCACCGGGGGUAGCGGGUGUCAUAGUGGGGCAGAAGGAUUCCGGCGCAUUGCACGGCUUUCCCUAAGCGGCGGUGGGCUCGCUUUGCAAAAUCGCAGCAGAAACCCGGGAAUGGCUGAGGAAGCCUCUGAGCCGGGCUGACCUUGUCCUGGCCAGCGCGACCUUCCCCCCAGCUGGCUCCUUUCUGAGUCCUGCCAGGGAUGGGCCAGCAGCCAGGCCAGCAUUACAGAUGAAGUUUCUUCCUGUCCUGAAAAGCUGGGAAGAAUGGCUGGUUCCUCGACUCCACCAUUGGGCCUCCCAUGCCUCCGUGGGCCAGGCUGCCCCCUCCCUGACAUUCGUUCCAGCCAGCCCUCCUCCAGACGCUGCAGCAAUAGAGAAACUCCAGAUGUUUCUUCUACGCUGCCAGAGGCUCUUUGUCUUGACCGGAGCAGGAAUCUCCACCGAAUCUGGCAUCCCAGAUUACCGUUCCGAAGGCGUGGGCCUCUACGCCCGGUCUGACCGGCGGCCUGUCCAGCAUGUCGAGUUUCUCCGCAACGCAGCAGCCCGGCAGAAGUACUGGGCCAGGAACUUCGUAGGGUGGCCCCAGUUUUCCUCCCACCAGCCCAACAUGGCACAUCGGGCUCUGAGCAGCUGGGAAGAGCAGGGGAAGCUGCACUGGCUGGUGACCCAAAACGUGGAUGCCCUCCAUGCCAAGGCUGGGAGUCGGCGCAUGACUGAGCUGCAUGGCUGCACACACAGGGUCGUGUGCCUCAGCUGUGGGGCCCAGGUCUCCCGCGAGCAUCUCCAGGAACAUUUUGAGGCCUUGAACCCGACGUGGACUGCUGAGUCUCAUGGUGUGGCUCCUGAUGGAGAUGUCUUUCUGCCAGAAGAGCAGGUCCGCCAUUUCCAUGUCCCAUCUUGCAGCAAAUGUGGUGGGGUCCUCAAGCCAGAUGUGGUUUUCUUUGGGGACAACGUGUGCAAGGAGAAAGUGGACUUUGUGUACCAGCGCCUCGAGGAGUCCGAUGCGAUCCUCGUGGCCGGUUCUUCCUUGCAGGUCUUCUCAGCUUACAAAUUUGCCCUGGCAGCCCGGGACAGGAAGCUGCCGAUUGCCAUUGUUAACAUUGGCCCCACGCGGGCCGAUUCCUUGGCUUCUCUAAAGCUGAAUUCCCGCUGUGGGGCCUUGCUGCCUUCUAUUCUCCUUUGAGUGACCUGGUGGGCAUCCAGACAAGUAAAGAUUCAAGGGUAACAACGGGGAAACUGUUGGAGUGGGCUGGUUUGAGGUCCAGGGGGCUAGGUUAAAUACUACAAAGAUAGCCAGAAGGACUGAGUAAUUCAUGGCCUAGAAAUAACUUUGUAGAACAUAGAAUUAUAGGACUGGAAGGGACCUUAGAGCAGGGGUCUCCAACCUCAAUAACUUUAAGCCUGGAGGUCUUCAACUCCCAGAAUUCCCCAGCCAGCUUUGCUCCCAACCGACCAGCAGCCUGUGAAAUCAAGGUAGUAAUUCAAGCAGGAUUGUGCCAAGGGGAACACGAAAAAUCUAGAUCUUGUCUUAUCUUACUUUGGCUACUAAGCCAGCAGGCCAUGUAGACUCUCAGCUCCACGGUUCAAUGGCAUUUUGCCUUU